GCUGAUUUAUCAAAGCCCCCUGCAGUCUCCACCCCUUCACCCUCACCCUGCUCAAACACAUUCAGACAUGAAAAAUAUUCCGUUGACAUGGACCAGUCAGACAUCAAACAUGUCUACAUUGAAGGCUCUUCUAAGAAAGCUGACCAAUACGAAGCCUGUGAUUGGCUGGUAUUUUUGCAUGUGGUUGUGUUUACGUCCGAGAUACACCGAUAAUGCUGACACAUAUUUUCCACUGACGUGGACCAAUCAGACCUCGACACAGACAUCCGCUUCAAAGACCCUCACCAUCGUCAGCCCCCCAGAACCAGUCUCUGAGAUGGAGAGGUCAAGAGCUGUUCGCAUCGCUCUCGUCUGUGCUUUGUUCUCCAGGAUCUCUGGAGCAGAAGUGGAGAUGAGGGUCAGACAAGGAGACGACGUGACUCUCUACAGCGACUGUGUUUGGAAGAGUGGAUUUAAUAUAGUUUGGUUUAGAAACUCCUCAUGUGAGCAUCGACCUCCUCUCAUGAUAUCAACUCUAGAUUUGAUACGUGGUGCUGAUCCACGUUACUCUGCUGUGUGGAAUCCCUCCAGCAAAACUCAUGAUCUGUUGGUGAAGAACGUCUCUGAUUCAGAUGUGGGUCUGUACUACUGCGCUGUGUAUGAGAAAAACAUCACCAAAGACGAAAAGGGAGUUUUACACUCUGAAGUUAUUUAUCAUUACGGGAAAAGAACCACUCGACUCUCUCUCCUUGGUCCUUGUACUGAUCUCCCCCAGACCCCCUCAACCCCUCCUGUCUCAGACUGCAGCGUCUGCUGGAAGCUGCUGGUCAGUGUGUGUCCUGUGUGUGUUCUCCUCUCCUCCACCUGUCUGUACUGCAUCUACAGACACACAAAGAAAGCAGAAGCAGAACCUGGUCAAGAACGGAUGAACAAAACCCAGAGGCGGAAAAGUAGAACAACUGAUGAGGUUGAAGGAGAUGAGGUUUGUUAUGCUUCGUUGGAUCUCCCGAGCAGAGGACAGAAGCAUCUGAAGAAGAAGAAGAAGAAGAAGAAGAGAGUUGAGAGCUCUGAUUUCAGCACCUAUUCUGUAGUUAAAACUGAUAACAUAUGAAAAAUGUACCACAGUACUGUAAUAACUGGCACAUGGAAGGUAAAUGUCCAUUUAGUCUUAGAGAGGAUGUUCAACAUGCAUAAAGUAAAAUGUACUUUUAUUUAUGUAAAAUGAACUAGGAUGCAUCAUUUACUCAAAGACGAGACAAUUCAUUUAAGUUUGCAACUUUUUUUGGCACAAAAUGUAAAUUAAAAAUAA